AUGAGGUCAGCACUGCAUUGUCUCCUGCUGUUCUCAGCUCUGUGGACUCUCUCCUUCUGUGGGACUUCUCUGAUAUAUGUGGUGAAUGAAGCGAUGAACUGGACUGAAGCUCAGGAACACUGCAGAGAGAAAUACACCGAUCUGCUCACCAUUGAAAGUGAAAAGAAAAUGGAUUAUAUAGCAGCUGCUCUUGCCGGGGAAAUGGGUCAUUUCUGGAUCGGACUGAAACAGAAAUCAGAAGAGAACACCACAAGCUGGAUCUGGUCAGAUGGAAGCUACUCCUCAUAUGAGUUCUGGGACAACGGACAACCGGACAACUCUGUGGGUGAUAACUGUGUGCAGUUAUGGAGUGAUUUGUUAUUCCAGUGGAAUGAUGUACAAUGCUGUUGGCCAGGUCCAUUCAUCUGCUAUGAAGGUGAGUAAUAUGAGGAAAUAAAUGCAGCACAAUCUGUUACAUCUUUAGUUAAUUCAAUUUUCAUAUUUUUAUUUGUGGUAAUAACGCUGU